UCACGCGACGCCUUGAGUGCAUGCUCCGGCGAACGCUCGUCCGUCUCGCGCGCGCACCGACACACGAAGCACUCACGAUGCGCGGCGCGAUGCGAACGACGCCGGCGACGCUCGCGACGACGACGACGACGACGACGACGCGCGGCGACGAACGACGACGCGCGAUCUCCACGCAGCGCCACGCGGUGCGAGCGCGAGCGGCGCGAAGCGGAAGCACGCGAAGCGAAGACGCGAAAGCGAUGAAGGGCGACGGGAGCGCGGAGGCGAAAAAGAAGGCGCUCGCGCGCGUGCUCGAUGAGAUCGACAGUAACUUUGGCGCCGGGGCGAUCAUGCGCCUGGGCGAGGCGGGAAAGGCGAAAGUGGCGACGUUUCCGAGCGGAGCGAUGACGCUGGACAUCGCGCUCGGCGGUGGAUUGCCGCGCGGGAGAAUCGUUGAGAUAUACGGCCCGGAAUCGUCGGGGAAGACGACGCUGGCGCUGCACGCGAUGGCGGAGAUGCAAAAACUCGGCGGUACGGUCGCGAUGAUCGACGCGGAACACGCGUUUGAUCCGGAAUACAGCCAAAGACUCGGGUUGAACGUCGACGAUGUGAUCGUGUGCCAGCCGGAAACGGGUGAGAUGGCGCUCGAGGUCGUGGAUACGCUCGUGCGAUCGUCGGCGGUUGAUUUGAUUUGCGUCGACUCGGUCGCCGCGCUGGUGCCGCGAAGCGAGAUCGAAGGUGAGAUCGGUAUGGUGCAAGUCGGCGCGCACGCGCGUUUGAUGUCCCAGGCGCUGCGUAAGAUUAACGUCAACGCCGCCAAGGCGGGGACGACGAUCAUCUUUUUGAACCAGUUGCGCUCCAAAGUCGGCGUCAUUUACGGCUCGCCCGAGGUCACCACGGGCGGUAACGCGCUCAAGUACUACUCGAGCGUCCGCCUCGACAUUCGCCGCAAGGAAGUGAUCAAGGGUAAGGCUGGCGAAGACGACACCGGCGUUCGAUGCAAGGUCAAGGUGGCGAAGAACAAGGUGGCUCCGCCGUACAAGAUUGCCGAAUUCGACAUGCUGUUCGGUCGCGGUGUCUCUCGCGAUGGCUGCAUGCUCGACGCGGGCGAACAAGUCGGCACGAUCGAACGCAAGGGCGCCUACUACUACUUCAACGGCGAAAAACUCGGUCAAGGUCGCGAAAAGACGCUGUCGUUCUUGGACGAGAACCCCGAGAUGAAAGCGACGAUUGAGACGGACGUGCGCGCGCGUCUCGCCGAAAAAAUGGGCCUCUUGAACGGUACCAUCGCGCCCAAGGCGACCGAGGCUGAGGAUGACGACGAAGAGUUCUUCGACGACGACGAAGACGUCAUCGCCGAAGCUCGCUAAUCAGUGUAGUGUCGCGCGACUCGUCGUUUACUCCCACGCAGCACAUCU